AUGGAAGAGGCUGCAAGAGACUACCUAACUUACGCCAGACAACUAUCUACAAACGGGUGCUAUAGUAAAGCUUUUGAUUUAUAUAUUUUAGCAUUUGAUAAAAAUCCUCAACUGAAGAAUCUCUUUGAACCAGAGUUCCAGAUUGUACUAAUGAGGCUUAACGAUAUUUUGGCAGCAGCUGGAAAAAUAGAGGACAUAUUUACCAAUUUCGGUCGGGCUAUUAAAACAUUUCCGGAUAAUAUUUACCUGUUGAAUGAGAUCGGUAAAUAUCUCUACAAGUUCGGUUAUUAUACUGAAGCGUGGUGCCACUUUCAGAAGGCUCUGAAGACAGAUUCUGGUUUUGUCAAUGCAGAAAAGAAUUUAAAUUCAGUGAAGAAUUUAUUGGUUGAAAGGUGGCAUUUUCGUAUGUUAAAUGAUAAAAUUCGAAAUGAAGCAUAUCGCGCUGCUAUUCACGCAACUAUCACACCAAUCAAAGAUAGUGUUAUUGAUGUUGGUACUGGAACGGGUUUACUGGCAUUAUAUGCAUAUGAACGUAAACCAAUGGUGAUAACUGCUUGUGAUGGCUCUGAGGUGAUGACGAAGGUAGCUGAAGGCAUUACACAAGACAUGGGCAUUAAUGAUAUGAUAAUAUUAAACAAGAUGUCUACAUCAAUGAAUUACAAGGAUAUAGGUGGUAAGCGUUCUUUGUUAAUUACAGAAAUGUUUGAUGCUGGUUUGUUUGGUGAACACAUCUUGCAAACAUUGUCCCAUGCUUGGGAAUACUUAUUGAGUAACACUGGCAGAGUAGUACCAAAUAAGGCAGAGUUCUUUAUUGCUGCGGCUAAUUGUAACCAUCUGCAUUUAAAAUACCAAUUAGGAGAUAAUGCAAAAGCUCUUCUGAAUAUUCCAAUGGUGAAUGUUCACAUAUUGACUUAUGACGAAACUUAUGACUGUGAGGAUGUCCAUUUGUUCAAAGAUAUAAAAUACAUUACUGAACCACAGUCCCUUAUAAAAGUAGAUUUCAAUGACUAUGAUGAUAUUCAAGACAAAUUGUAUAGAUGUGAGCCAUUCAGUGUUGAGUUUAAUGCUUUAGAAGAUGGAGAAAUCAACACCAUGAUUGGAUGGUUCAAAUUAUACUUGACUGAGAAUAUUACCAUCACUACAGAUCCCAGGGCAGAUAACAGGUGUAAUGCAUGGCAACAAGCUGUGUUUUUUGAUAAUAUACCAAAAAAAGUUAAUAAGAAUGAAACUAUCAUCUCACAAUUUUUAAUGAAUUCUGGCAAGCUGACAAUGCUACCAGAUUGUAACAGUGAUAUAAUGAGAAUAUCUCCAGAGACAUUGAGAUUUCUGAAUGACUCUGACUAUAUGAAGAUGAUUACAGGGUGCAUUGGCAUGGCCUGUGUGUAUCUUGGGCAAAUGAUAGACAUGUCUGAAAUGAGUAUUGUUGAUUUAUGUCCAUUCCCUGUUUUUGGAAUGCAUAUGUUGAAAAGAGGAGCUCAAUCUUUAGUUUGUUAUGCCAAAACCUACAGUGAUGAAGAAUUCAUAAUCAGAGUCUUUAAAGACAAUAACAUUGAUUUAUCUAAGGUAAAUGUAUUAGUUGGAGAUGAUUGGACACAGGAUACUUUCACAGAUGAAAAAUAUCAUGCCAUUUUUUGUAACACAUUUGAGCUUUGUGGAGAAAUUGAUUUGAGACAGAAGGAUAUAGCUCAGCACUUAAAAAAUGCUCAUUUGCUGCAAGGAGGUCUUUUUAUGCCAUCAAAUAUAACAAUUAUGUGUCAGCUUGUUGACUGCCACUGGCUAGAUAUAAAUAAUAGAGUUUAUGAUGAAAAUGUGAGUAACUACAAAGUGGGAGCUUAUCUUAAUAAGUAUCAAGUGUCACAGAACUUUUGCAUUGACCUGUCACAUUUAGAAUACACCCCUAUUACUGAGCCUACAUCCUUAGGGAGUUACACAAGUGGCAUAAGAUCUGAAGUUGUGAACAUACCUAUAAUUAAUAAUGGAGAUGCAAAUGCAAUACUGUGCUGGUAUAAAAUUGAAUUGAUGGAAGACCUAGGAGAUAUAUCUACAAAUAGGUCAAACAGUUUUAUAGAUAAUUUGGCAUUUUUGGCUAAUCCUAAGAUUCAUAUGACUAGCGGUGAAGUUGCCAAUGUUUUGCGUUGUGUAGAUCCAGAUGGAGCUUUUAAGCUAAUGAUUGAUGUUGAAAGUGCUUAA